AUAGGCGAGUCGAAGAUACAAGACAGCAGCAGGUAGGUAUGGAGUACGUCAACCAGCGUGUGGCCCAAGAGGCCGCAAAGGCUCCCACAGUCUACGUCGGCCUCGCUACGCCGCUCAAUGCGAUCCUGCUCGUCAUCACACUAUACACGACGUACCUCCUGUACAAGCCGACACCCCCGGCCUCGUUGCCGCGCGAGCCACCCGCCAUCGUCUUCCGCACCUUCACGCCGCGCACGCUACUCCCGUACAAUGGGCUCAACGGGAUGCCCGUGUACCUGGCCGUGCGGGGCCGCGUCUUUGACGUGACGAGCGGUCGCAACUUCUACGGCCCCGGAGGGCCCUACGAGAACUUCGCUGGCCGCGAUGCCUCCCGCGGCCUCGCCUGCCAGAGCUUCGACGAGGAGAUGCUCACAAAGGACCUCGACGGGCCCCUCGACAAGCUCGACGGCCUCGGCCACGAAGAGAUGGACAAUCUCCAGGGCUGGGAGGAGAGGUUUGAGAGCAAGUACCUCGUGGUCGGGAGGCUGGUCGCCCAGGCUGAUGCCUGAAGGGAAAGGCAGGUUGACGGACGGGCAGGAAGAGAUUGACGACCACGCAGAGCCCUCUUGCGGGAUAUAUAUGCUAGGGACAACACCUACGAAACUAUCAGAUGAGAAGCGUUCUAGCCACGUCAUUAUGGAAGGUACUGUUGUCAAUCUGAAAGGUUUGGCGUCGAUGUGACUUAUUAAGCGUAGCGACCUACCACGACGGGAUCGGAUUUCCGGGCUUAGAACCCAUUCUCUCCCUUAUUUCGCGCGUAUACAUAUGUAUACAUGUAUGGAGGUC